AUGGGAGCAUAUAAGUACAUUCAGGAAAUAUGGAAAAAAAAGCAGUCCGAUGCAAUGCAUUUUUUAUUGCGUAUUAGGACCUGGGAGUACAGGCAACUACCAGUUGUGCACCGGGUGUCGAGACCGAGCAGACCCGACAAGGCAAGGAGAUUAGGAUAUAAAGCAAUUCAAGGAUUCGUAAUAUAUCGUGUAAGAGUUAGAAGAGGAGAUAGAAAGAAGAGAGUAAGGAAAGGUGUAGUCCAUGGGAAACCAAAACAUCAAGGUGUACAUAAACAAAAAUCAAAAAGAAAUUUAAGAAGCGUUGCAGAGGGAAAAGUUGGGAAGAGUAUAUGUGGAAAUUUACGUGUAUUAAAUAGUUAUUGGGUUGGUCAAGAUGCUGUAUAUAAAUAUUUUGAAGUUAUACUAGUAGACCCUAUGCAUAAUGCUAUAAGAAAUAAUGCAAAAAUUAAUUGGAUUUGUAAUCCUGUGCAUAAGCAUAGAGAAUUAAGAGGUUUAACAUCGGCAGGGAAAAAAUAUAGAGGACUACGUGUUAAGGGUCACCUAUCAUCAAAGAGUAGACCAUCUGUUAGAGCUAACUGGAAGAGAAGGCAAUUAAUAAAAUUGAGGAAAUGCCGAUAA